AUGGCACCAGGCAGCCGUGGAAAGUUUUCAAAACCAACAAGAGGAGCCCUCGAAGGAAUUACGCAGAAGACACCCCAGGCGCUAACAUCUGCCUGUUCAGGCGGCAAGCACUACAGUCGUGAUGUCCAACCUGUCGAUAAAGAUGGGAACCCAGACCCCGAGGACGACCCCACUAGCUCUGAAGAAGAGGAAUCCCGAUCCGGAUCCGGAUCGGAAGAGGAGUCGUCUGAAGGCGAGGACGAGGCUGGCCCUUCCAAUGUCCCGCCACAAGAGAUGACCCGCGAGCAGCGCCGUGCUGCCGCCAAAGCCAGAAAGGAGGCUGCCAGAGCGAAGAAGCAGCAGGUCGCCGCUCAGCCGGGUGACUUACCUCCGUCGGAGUCGGAGGAGGAAUCCGACCUCGACUUGCCGCCGAACCCGAAUCAUACCUCCCAGUCACGCUCUCAGGCAGCCAGGGGACCUGCGAUAGCAUCCUCGAGCAAGGGUGACUCAUCUGAGCUCUCCCGUCGCGAGCGGGAAGCCAUCCAAGCCCAACAGGCGCGUGAUCGCUACAUGAAGCUCCAUAUGGAGGGCAAGACGGAAGAAGCCCGGGCGGACCUCGAACGUCUGGCUAUUGUCCGGCAGCGUCGCGAGGCCGAGAGGGCUCGCAAGGAAGCCGAGCGUGAAGAAAAGGAGGCGCGCAUCCGGGAACGGGCGGAGAAGUUACGUGAGCGGGAGCAGAAGCUCCGAGAAGCUGCCAUGGGCAAGGGUGGACGAGGAGGCAAACGGGGUGGAAAGAAAUGA